AUGGAUGGACAUGAAGCUAUCGAAAUGAAUGCAUGGUCGCCUCGCUCAAGAAUACCACCCACAUCUUCACAGCUUGACUCCAUGGAGGGAUUUUUUCUCGAGGUGGAUACAUUGAAAGAUGAUCUGGAUGCUAUCAACAGAAAUGUGGAUGAAAUCGCACAAUUGCACAAUGCGGCUCUGACAACUUUCAAAGAUCAGCAAUUUGAUGCAGCAUCCAAAGAUUUGGCACGGCUAAAGCGAGAGACACAAAAGUUGAACAUGGAUCUGAAAAACAGGCUAAAAGCUCUCCAAAUGAGCAGAUUCCAAGCAAGCAGCCCUUCGGUUGCCAAAAUACGUCGUGUACAGAUAGAGGCGCUUUGGAAGCGAUUCUUUGAGACCAUUGAACGCUAUCAGGAUAUGGAACGGAUGUACGAAAGAAAAUACCGGCAACGUAUCGAAAGACAAAUCAAGCUUGUGAAACCAAGUGCUUCGCAGGACGAAGUGGAUCGCAUCGUUGAAUCCAAUGAUCCAUCACAAAUUUUUGCCCAAUCACUUGUACAUACGACGCGCAGCAAUCAAGGGCAACAGGUGCUUGCUGAAGUACAGAAUCGCCAUGACGAUAUCAAGCAUAUUGAAAAAACCAUUGUGGAACUCCAUCAAUUGCUAGCAGACAUGUCAAUGCUUGUUGAACGGCAAGGCGAGAUGUUGACUGAUAUUGAGCAAAAUGCUGAAUACUCUGCUGGUCAUGUACAACAAGGGAACACGUUGGUGGAUCGAGCGAUCAAACAAGCCAAAGCAACACGACAUAAAAAGUGGAUAUGCCUAUUGCUGGCAAUUUUGAUCUGUGUAGCCAUUGCGGUUUUGGUAUGGUGGUUUGCAUUUGAUCAUCCGGGAGUGGGAGAAAGUAACCAAGGCAACACGCAGUAA